CUUCUAUAUCAAAAAUGAAAAUAUCUGGAAAAAUGUUCAAAGACAUCAUUUGCACAGCUACUGCGGCCCAUAAGGAGCGAACUCUAAUUAUGAUCAAGCCCGAUGGAGUCCAGCGAGGACUCAUUGGCAAGAUCAUCAAUCGCUUCGAGCGGAAGGGCUUCCACUUGGUGGGCCUUAAAAUGAGCUUGGCAACCAAGGAGUGUUUGGAGAAGCACUACGCCGAGCUCUGCGAACGGCCCUUCUUUCCGGAACUUUGCCAGUACAUGACCUCUGGCCCCUUGGUUCCCAUGGUGUGGGAGGGUCUGAAUGUGAUAAAGACCGGCCGCCAAAUGUUAGGCGCCACCAAUCCCGCUGACUCAAUGGUCGGAACCAUCCGCGGUGACUACUGCCUUCAAGUCGGACGCAAUGUAGUCCACGGAUCGGAUGCCGUCGAAACUGCCGAGAAGGAGAUUGCUAUAUGGUUCAAAGAGGAGGAACUGGUCAACUGGACUCCGGUCCUAAACAACCUAAUCUACGAAUAAUAGAAACUAUCUCCUAAGAAAUAUUGUUACAAAAAUUAAUUGUUAUUA